AUGGCAGAGACUCUUCCCAAGUGCGAUGGUCAUCACAAGAUCAUCAUCAAUGAAGCUGCCCCAAAUGUGCCUUUCUACACUCCGGUACAAGAUCCGCCAGCAGGAACACCAUACGAUGUCCAACCUGAAGGAAGCCUAUUCUCACCCCUCAAACUCAGACGUCUGACUCUUCAAAACCGCAUCCUCGUCUCUCCAAUGUGCCAGUAUUCAGCAAAGAACGGACACAUGACCCCCUGGCACAAACAGCACCUGGGCAGCUUCGCGGCAAGAGGACCCGGUCUUAUUCUUACAGAAGUCAACGCCGUCUCGCCAGAGGGACGAAUCAGUCCUGAAGAUGCAGGUAUCUACGAAGAUGGACAGAUGGAACCUCUCAAGGAAAUUGUGGACUUUGUUCAUAGUCAGGGGGCCAAGAUUGCGAUUCAGAUGGGCCAUGCUGGCAGAAAGGCGAGUACAGUCGUGCCGUGGCUGGAUCGCAAGAACACGGCCUUUGAAGAGGCCAAUGGGUGGCCUGAUGAGGUGGUUGCACCAAGUGCACUUCCUUACAGUCCAGAGUCUGUCGUGCCCAAAGAGAUGAACAAGGAUGAUAUCUCCAAGUUCAAGCAGGACUGGGCCGCCGCCGUAAAGCGUGUCCUCAAAGUCGGCUUUGACGCCAUCGAAAUCCAUGGCGCUCAUGGUUAUCUGAUCAACAACUUCCUUUCCCCAGCCUCUAACCAACGAGCUGAUGAAUACGGCGGAUCCUUCGAGAACCGGAUCCGUCUUCUUGUUGAGAUUGUCCAGCUAACUCGCGAAAUCGUCCCAUCAGACUAUCCUCUUCUUGCCCGUAUGCCUGGCACAGACUACCUUGACUUUGACCCAUCGUUGCCCCAGUGGCACAUUGACGAAGCAGCAAAGCUUGGCAAGAUCCUUGCAGAUGAAGGGAUAGAUCUGCUCGAUGUCACUGGUGGUGGUCUGGAUAGCCGUCAGAAGAUCAACUCCGGCCCUGGAUAUCAAGUUCCUUGGGCUGCUGCUGUGAAGAAAGCUGUUAAGGGCACUGGCACCGUCGUGGCUUCUGUAGGAAUGAUUACUUCUGGAAAGCAAGCUCAAGGCUAUCUGGAUGAGGGUUCUGUCGAUGCAGUGUUUGUUGGACGGGGCUUCCUCAAGGACCCCAACUUGGUGUGGCACUGGGCUGAUGAACUGGACAUCGACAUCCAUGUUGCUGCUCAAUAUGGCUGGGGCUUCGGCAUCACUCGUACUCAUAGACCAAGCAAGCACUGA